UCGAGUCGAGCCACUGCUGCUGCGUUCACUCACAGAUCACCGUCAACCCAGCGUCUGAUUUCACUCUGAAACGGUCUUAAUAAACCGAUAAAAUGUCGGAUUUUGACAGUAACCCCUUCGCGGACCCGGACUUUAGCAACCCGUUUCAGGAUCCGUCCGUGACGCAAGUGACGCGGACUGCCCCUCCUGGCUUGGAGGAGUAUAACCCUUUCACAGACUCAAAGCCGGUACCAAAAGGCGCUGGCCAUAAAUCAAUCCCACCUACAACUAACACACAGCCGGCCAUCAUGAAGCCCACCGAAGAGCCGCCAGCGUACACCCAACCUCAGCAAACACAGGAUCCGGUGCGAGCCCAGGCGGAGUUACUGAGAAGACAAGAGGAGCUGGAGAGAAAAGCCGCCGAGCUGGACCGCAGGGAGAGAGAGAUGCAGUCUCUGAGCGCAUCGGGAGGGAGGAAAAACAACUGGCCCCCCCUCCCAGAGAAGUUUCCUGUGGGACCGUGUUUCUAUCACGACAUAUCAGUGGACAUCCCAGUGGAAUAUCAGAAAACCAUUAAGAUCAUGUACUAUCUCUGGAUGUUCCACACGGGGACGCUGUUUGCAAAUAUAUUCGGCUGUCUGGCGUGGUUCUGUGUAGACACAUUGAGGGGAGUGGAUUUUGGUUUGGCCAUGCUCUGGUUCAUGUUAUUCACACCCUGUUCAUUUGUCUGCUGGUACAGACCUCUGUAUGGAGCGUUCAGGAGCGACAGCUCAUUUAGGUUCUUUGUAUUCUUUUUCAUCUAUAUCUGCCAGUUUGGCGUCCAUGUGCUACAAGCCAUCGGCAUUGCAGGUUGGGGAGCCAGCGGUUGGAUCUCAGCGCUGACAUGUCUCAACACCAGUAUUCCUGUGGGGAUUAUCAUGAUCCUGAUCGCUGCUCUCUUCACAGCCUCAGCUGUCAUCUCUCUCAUCAUGUUUAAAAAGGUCCAUGCGCUGUACCGGACCACCGGCGCCAGCUUCGAGAAAGCGCAACAGGAGUUUGCCACCGGGGUCAUGGCCAAUAAGACGGUGCAGACCGCCGCCGCUAGCGCUGCUUCCAGCGCUGCUUCCAACGCUGCCCGGGGAGCCUUCAAAGAGCAGAUCUGAUUGGUCCAGAGAGCUUCGAACCCGCCCCUGCUCCGUCCAAGCUACUCUGACCCCACCCGCCCCCCCUCAUUCCUUCUAACUGUACUUACAGUCGUACAUAAGCCGUAACUGGCUGGUCAAGACCACACCGCUCACAUUGCCUCAAUGCACUCCUGUGACUGACUGAGAUCCCCCCGGCCCCUCCCCUCACGUCAAUCAGAAGGUGUGCGCGCCUGAUCUUUAAUUUGAGUGUGCGUGUGAGUUGCCUACCAACUCUCGAGUGUGUGCUUAUGUGUGCAUAAACAACCAAGUCGUCACUUUGUACGUUCACAUCACUGUUGGAUUUCCGUGCGUCCCUGUUGUGCUGGAAAAAAAAACUGGAAGUGAUGUCAUCAGGUGACCUUUUAUGGAUCCAAGAAGAAAAGAGAGAUUUUUUUGCCCUCACAAGUCUGUCUUGCCGAUCUGCUUUAAAACAAACACGAUGGCUGCAAAACAGUACAUUAUUUAUUUCAGGAAAUUAUGAUUGUUGUCAUCGCACAACGGUCUCAUACAUUUCCCCAGGUCUUGAUUUGCAAAGUUAAAUGUAUGGAUUGAUCGUGGCGGUUAAAAAUAUACGAUGAUGGAUGCUUCAUUGUACUGAAAUGUUCAAACUCUUAAUGUCAAUAGUACUUAAUAAUAAUUUAUUUGACGUUCGAAAUGAAAUUGGCCUAAUCAUUUCUAACUAUCGUGAGAGAAGUUAUCAAGAACUUUGUCCUGUGAAUGAGCCAGCGCUGGAGCUUCUAACAGGCCCACACACAGCUCAGAGGGUCUCUAUACCUGUACAUAUAUAAAUAUAUAUAUAUAAACCUGUAUGAUGACUUAAAGUAUUGAUUGAUUUUAAACCUGUGAAUGAUUCUGAAGCUUCCUGGUUUCUUUUCGUAACAGAAUUGUAUUGGAAUGUUAACACAAGGUUAAGCACUCUGGAUGAUGUGAUCCUGCACAUGCAUGGGAAGCCUGCUGACCUGUAGACCGGCUCUCCUCUCUGCCAGUCGUACAGACAUAAACUGGAGAAAACACUUUAAUGAGGAUAAAAAAUAAUAAACCAAUCUUUGCAUCACUCCGCCCAAAUUUCACAUCACUGAAGACUGAACCGUGUUGGGCCGGAUCAGUACCGUUACAUCAGCUGAUGGUGGAUUCUUAAUGCACUUUAGUCGGGUAGACGCUGAGAAUCAUACACAGACGCUUUGUGAGUGUUGUAUUCAAAUCAAAGCAGUUAUUGAGGUCUUAUGAAUGAUUUAUCCAGAUGUUUGUUCGGACUGUGGCGUCUGCCCUGACUAAAGCUCAACAUGUUACAAAUUCAUUUGUCCUUCAUCAUCUGUCUUUGGUUUGUUGUUUUGUCUCUGUAGAUGUGCAGAUGUGCUUGUGUUUGAAAUUGUUUUUCUCACUUGAGUGGAGCAGAGAACCUUGUAGCCUUGGUUACUGUCACCAAGAGACAGCCAAGUUUUGUAAUUAUGGGAUAUGCAUCGAGAUGGAAAUGUUAACCUGUCGUUGUGCGUGUGUUCCUCACCCAUGUUCAGUGUUGAGUUUGUUUAAAAUAUUUCUGCCUUAUGACUUACAGGAAAAGUUCACCCAGGACUUCUGUCAUCAUUUACUCGUCCUCAUGUCAUUCCAAAUUCUUAUCUCUCCGUCAUGGAACACAAAAGACAUUUCCUGAUUUUUUUGAACAUCUGAUGAGUGUCAUGUUUGAAUUUUCUUUAUUUAAUUUGUACACUCCUUCAUUGUGUGACACUGCAAGUCGUUCUUCCUUUUAUAAAUAAAUUUCAAUGAAUGGCACCUGAAUGUUCUUCUAUUUUCAGCUGUUUUGAAUUACUUUCUUGUACACAAAAAAGAGUGUGUGGUGCAAUGGAUCGUGGCUUUAGGGGUCUCUCUUUUUUUUAAUUAGUGAUGUUAGGGAUCUUAGUUGAAACACUGAUACAUGAGAAACGUAUUGAGAGAGGCAGCACUGGUUGUCAUGAAUCUUGACCGUCAAGUCUGAUGUUAUUUAAUGCAGAAUCGAGGGAUAUUUGUAUAUUUUGUACAACUAAAGGAAGGAGGCCUGUUGUCCUUAAUUUCAUCGUACUGUACAAACGCACUCGCGUCUCUCCUGUAGUCGCAUGUUGAGUAGUUUGAGUUUUGUAUAUUUAUUGUAUUAACACAAAAUAAAAAAACAACAGCGAAACCUGUGUUUUAUUGAUUUGCA